AUGUCACCGUAUCUCACUUGCUCCAAGACUGCCACCGUUGCACCUCCUGCUGAGGUGGCAACGACAUCCUCUCAUCAUCAUCAGGCAGUAUUAUGGCUACACCCCUGCGAGGAUCCUGCCACAGAGGCGAAUCCUCCUGCCCCUUCGGUCUCGGCCCAAGUGGCCAACCCCCUUGCUCCUCCAGUGGUUCAUUCGCCACUGGAGCCCCUUUUCUUGGGGAUGGAUGAUGACAUCAUCGUCCCCAGCCCCCUCCCCUCUCCUUUCCUCGCUCCUGUUGUUCCCAACCCCAUGGGGAAUGACUUCUCUCCCACUUCCCCCAUGGUUGACCUAUACAAGGUUGAUGCUAGACAUUCUGCCAUAGAGAUGACCACUCUGGAAUGUCAAGCAGCUUGGGAGGUGGAGUUGGCCAGGUCCCCAACUCCCCCUCCUACCGCUGAUGAGGUUGUUGAUGUGGUCCUGGCUGCUUCCAGAGCAGGGACCCCAGUCUACAGGCCAGAGGAGAUUGCUGGUUGGGCUGAAGGGUUCGUCAUGGCCGACCUCCUGAUCGAAGUGUCUUCAUCGACUGGUAAUGCUUUGCCUCAUGGAAGGUUGCAUGCCUUGGCCGAGUUGGCAGUGUCAUUGCUGCUUCAACCUGGGCAUACUCCCUCUCUUUCUUAG